CCUUCAGGACAUCAAUAGAGUCACUGUGUUGAAUAAUCACAGGCUAUCAGGCAGUAGGCUUGCAGCAGCAGCUCCAUUGCCUGUGACAUCACUCCUAAAGCUCAAACCCCACUCUAAGCUCUCUUCAUUAGUCAGUCUGUUGGUCUGUCUGCAUUUACAGAUCGACGGACCUUCACACACCCGAGCGGCUGUCUUCUGAAUCAGGGCUUUGGAAAACAGAAAGCCUGUGGGAGAGAGACAGGGAAGAGGAUAGUGAGAGAGGAAGCCGACAAAACAGAUCAGACGAGCUACAAUAUGAAAUUCAUCUCUGCCUAUUACUUGCUGCCUCUCUUUCCUGUUCUGGUGUUCAGCACUAGACAGGGCUACGAAGAACUGGAAAGACAGCUGAAAGAAGUUUUUAAGGAAAGAAGCAACAUCCUCCGUCAACUGUCAAAGACAUCAAAAGAACUUGAGGGAAUUAAAGUAAAUCUCCAGUCUUUGAAAAAUGAUGAGGCAUCUGCCAAAAGUGAUGUGGAGAAACUUCUGGAACUGGGCCAAAAACAAAGGGAAGAAAUGAAAUCUCUCCAGGAGGCCUUUCAAAAGCAGCUUAAUGAGGCAGCUGAGAAAGCAGAAAAGCAGCAGGCAACUAUAAAUUUUCUGAAGACAGAAAUGGAGAGGAAGAGCAAAAUGAUCAGAGACCUCCAGAAUGAGAACAAAAGCCUGAAAAACAAACUUCUGUCAGGAAACAAGCUUUGUGGUAUUCAUGCAGAAGAGUCAAAAAAGAUUCAAGCCCAGCUGAAGGAGCUUCGCUAUGGGAAAAAGGAUUUGAUUUUUAAGAGCAGAGCUAAUGGACAGAGAGACCUAAUGGAUGCAGUAAGUUCAUUUAUCAGAAUAUUUUCUUUCAUGGCACAACAGCUAACAGAUCUGGAGCAAAAACUUGCAGUUGCAAAAGAUGAACUAGAAAAGGCAGCCCUUGACAAAGAGUCUCAGCUGAAAGCUUUGAAGGAGACUGUCCAACUCUGCUUGUCUUCUGUUCUUCACAAUCAACCUCCAGCUAUGAAUAUAAUCCAUUCAAAACCAACUGAGAGGCUGACAUCCCCAGUUACAAACGGCUCAAAAGUUCCAUUUCAAGCAACAAACACUAAGCAAAGUGCAUCCACAGAGAAAGAGACCCUUCAUGUUGCCUCAGCAAAAGGAGGAAACCAAAGCAUCCAGGAGUGUGAUUCUCAAAACGUAAGAUGAAUCCACUUGGGAAUAGGGGCUUAAUAUAAAUAAAAUGCAAACUUUCUUGUU